AUGGCAAACCGUAGCAAAUUUAUGCAAUGGAUUGACUACCGUGUCCGUGUUACUAUUUAAGACGGGCGUAUGUUAGUUGGUACCUUCCUUGCAUUUGAUAAACACUUAAAUCUUGUUUUAAGUGAAACUGAAGAAUUCAGACCCAUCAAGCCUAAGACUAAGGGUGAACCUGAGAGACAAACUAAGCGUAUUCUUGGAUUGGUUAUCAUCAGAGGUGAAAAUAUAGUAUCUAUAAAUGCAGAAGCUCCUCCUUCUCAGCAGGCAAAAAAGAUAGAUACAAGUGCCACUGGGCCAGGUACUGCCCAGCCUAUUAAUAGAGUUGGCACAGUUCCCCCAAUGAUGGAUAGACCUCCUUAGAUGCCUCCAGGUCAACCCCCAAUGGGCAUGAUGCCUCCUCCUAUGCCCGGAAUGCCUCCUAUGCAUCCUGGUAUGCUACCUCCUAAUCUUAGACCUCCUGGUACUCUUCCUCCAAGCUAUUGA